AUAAAAAACAGACGUGUUUGCAAUCGCUUCUCUCCCACCGAAAUCAUCUUCUGCAAUGUCAUCUCCUUCUACGCCCGAGCCCGCCUCCUGCACCGUCUGCUUCAUCUUCGUGUGGUGAAUUUCGGGACUUUGAUUCAUCAGCUUUGUUUGAACUUUAGGUUGGAAGAAGCUUUUAAGUUGAAAAAUGAUAUGAUGAGAGUUUAUGGUGUUAUGCCUAAUGCGUUUGUUUAUACCUCAUUGAUUAAAGGGGUUUGUGGGAUUGGUGAAUUGAGUUUGGCUUUUAAGCUUAAGGAGGAGAUGGUGAGAAACAAGUUGAAAUUGAACUCAACAGUGUAUUCUACUUUGAUUAGAGUGCUUUUUGAGGUUGGGAGGAAAGAAGAGGCUUUGGGGCUUUUGGAGGAAAUGAAAGGCUUUGGGUGCAUGCCUGAAGCAACAUUUAGAAUUUUGGAUGAGAUGGUAGAGAAGGGUUUUGACAGCCAUUGCAUCUUUAAUGGCUUGGGUAGAACCACCGAAGAUGGCAUCCAUGACAGAUUACUAUUCACCAGCAUGCGUGAAUAG